GCCGCGACCGCUCAGGCCCGGGAGGAACGGCCCGGGCUCGCGGCCGGCCUCCCGCCACCAGGAGGCGGUGUCGGGAAUCCCGCGCCCCAACCAGGAGCACGGAGGCCACGAAGGCAGCAGGGCGCCUGCGCGUGAGUCGCCGGAAGUGACGCCACCAGGAAGGGACGCCGCUGGGAGGAGCGGCCGAGCCAUGGCGCGGGAGGCGGCGGAGCGGCCUCCGGAGGAGACCCUGUCGCUCUGGAAACGGGAGCAAGCCCGGCUGAAGGCCCUCGUGGUGGACCGGGACACGGAGGCGUGGCAGCGCGACCCCGCCUUCUCGGGGCUGCAGAGGGUCGGGGGCGUGGACGUGUCCUUUGUGAAGGGAGACCGUGUCAGCGCCUGUGCCUCGCUGGUGGUGCUCAGCUACCCUGAGCUCGAGGUGGUGUAUGAGGACUGCCACAUGGUUAGCCUGACUGCUCCCUACGUGUCGGGCUUCCUGGCCUUCCGAGAGGUGCCCUUCCUGGUGGACGCGGUGCAGCGGCUGCGGGAGCAGGCGCCCGGCCUCGUGCCCCAGGUCCUCCUCGUGGAUGGAAAUGGGCUUCUCCACCACCGAGGCUUUGGGGUGGCCUGCCACCUUGGCGUCCUCACGGACCUGCCCUGUGUUGGGGUGGCCAAGAAACUCCUGCAGGUCGACGGGCUGGAGAACAACGCCCAGCACAAGGAGAAGAUAGGACUUCUGCAGACUGGAGGAGACUCAUUUCCUCUGAUGGGAGGCUCUGGGGCCGUGCUGGGCACGGCCCUGAAGAGCCACGACCGCAGCACCAAGCCGCUGUAUGUCUCCGUGGGCCACAAGAUCAGCCUGGAGGCGGCCGUGCGCCUGACCCGGGGCUGCUGCAGGUUUCGGAUCCCAGAGCCCGUGCGCCAGGCUGACAUCCGCUCCAGAGACCACAUCCGCAGGACCCUGGGAGCCUCCAGGCCACCCGCUCCCAAGCAGGACAGGAGCCAGAAGGUACAGAAGCCAAAGGGAGGCUCGAAAGAGCUGGAGGGGGAGGGCAGGCCCCCCGAGGCACGCCGGAAGGCCCCAGACCCACGCGCCCCGCGGCAGUGAGUGUGGAGCCGAGCCGGACGCAGCGAAGCUCUUGGCCGCCGGGCCCAGGACCCAUGGGCCCGCCCCGCUCGGGGUCUGGGUGGCGUGGCUGCCGGCGCUCCGCAGGAGACGGACCCCGGGCGGCAGCGCACCGGCCCGUAGGAGCGUGCCGUCGCUCUCCCGGGGGCACAGGAAGGACGCGCAGGUUCACAGCGUUUUGGCGUGUUUCCGUUUUCUCCCUAAAAGCGCCCCGAGGGCCUAAGACCGCAGACCGCACGUGCGGCCCUGGCCUUGCGCCGCUGCUGCUUCAAGCACCCGCGCCGCUGCCCUCGUGGUUUUGUGGUUUUGUUUUCCAGCGUCCACUUAACAGGGCUCCCCCUCGUCUCCACCCCUGGCUGGGCGGCCACCGCGUCACCUCCGCGCCGACCCUAGAGGGUGCGAGCUAGAGUGGCCGCCCAGCCCGCCAGCCUGCCCACUUCGGGCACGCGAGGGGACCAGACGGGGCCCGGAGGCCCCUGGAGGCCCCUCCGGGGACGGCAGCACGGCCGCCCUCCCCCGCUGCUCCCGGCCUGCCCGCCUCCUGACCC